GAAUGAAUAAAUAGAAUAAUAUUCAACUAAUUACAAAUAAUUAGUUGUCUUCAUUUUUAUAAAAAAAGAAAUUUUUAAUUAAAAAAAAAUAUAUAAACAGUGGAGAUUUAGUUUGAUUCUCCCCCGCAUUUAUGACCUUCAAAUUUUUUUCACAUUCAAAUAGAGGUCAAAUUUGAAAUAAACAAUUGUUUCUAGUUUCAUUAGAGAUUUUUUUUUUUAAUCAUUAUUGUAUGUCACACAUAUUAGUAGAUUAAUUUUCUAUUUUAUGAAGGAACACUAUACAUAACGUACCAACUGCAGCGAACAAAGAGGAAAUCUAUAUAAUUCUAUUAAAAAAAAAAAAAAUAAUUAAAAAAAAAAAAUGAUAAGAUAUCGGAUGCAAAGUUUAACAUAAAUUCAAGAAAUUUCUUUAAACCCGUUUGCUUUGCUUUUUCAUUUGCUUCAUUAUUUAUGGAUUCAAUGGUUGCUUUAAAAAAAUUUGUUUGUGAAACAACUCAGGAAUUUAUCAGGAAAUUUCGAAAUUUUAUUCUACAUGUAUUUGCUUGCCAAUUUCUCAAUUUUCUCUGGUCUAAUACACAGAAGAAAACAAUGACAAUGGAAGGAUCAUCUGAAAGCAGUCAAAAUAUUGAGCAAGUGAGAGUUUUAAGUUUGAAUAAAGGAGAACAUCAAGAUGGAACUUUGUAUAGACUGAAAAAAGAAUGGCAAGUUCAAUUUAGACUGGGACCAUCGCUUCUUGGGAGGAAAAUUGAUAUUUUCGUGAAUCAUCCUUUGACGAAGGAUCAAAAAUACGAGAGACAUGUUUAUCGACAAUUAAAAUGGAAUAACGAAACUGCAAAUUUAAAUUUAACAUCCGCGGGAUCAUUUCAUUACUAUGCGACGGAUACUAAAAUGGAGAACGGUGCAAAAGCAAUUGCCUCGGGAUAUCUUUUGGUUGAUCCAGAAUUGAAAAUUGGUAAAAAUGACGAGUCACUUCCUAUUGAUUGCAUUCAAUGUCAUACGGUUUUGGCAAAAUGUCUUGGACCAUUUUCCACUUGGGAAAACAAACUAUUAGUUUCCAAGAACUCCGGAUACAAUAUGAUUCAUUUUACUCCAAUUCAGGAACUAGGAGGUUCAAGAUCUUCAUACAGUUUGAGUGAUCAAUUAAAAUUAAAUCCCUCAUUCAGCAGUGGAGAAAAAGAAACAACAUUUGACGAUGUUGAAGCUUUAGUCAAAAAAAUGCGCACCGAAUGGAAUGUACUGAGCAUUUGUGAUAUUGUUUUGAAUCAUACGGCGAAUGAAAGUUCAUUUCUUUUGACAAAUCCGGAAUGCACUUAUAAUUGUUCAAAUUGUCCAUAUUUACGUCCAUCGUAUCUUUUGGAUGCAACACUUUUUGAAUUGACUAUUCAAGUUGGAGCUGGUGAAUGGGAAAUGAAAGGAAUUCCCGCCGUUGUUGAAACCGAGGAACAUCUCAAUAGUAUUCGUUAUGCACUUCAUUCGCAUUUUUUGCCACUUAUUAAAAUUCAUGAGCUCUAUAUUUUGGAUGUCAAUGAAACUGUCGCUGAAUUUUUAAGCCUUGCCAGAAAUCAAAUGCCACAUGAGGAAUCGGACAUGGAAAUGGAAUCGAUUAAAAUUAUCAGAGAUGAAGAAUUUCGAAGAUUGAAGGCAACUAUCGAUAAGUCACUUGCUUUACGAUUAUACAAUACUUAUAGAGUUGAUUGUUUCGAUGAAGACACUCGAUUGAAACGUUGCGCCGAGGAUCUUAGGAAAAAAUUACAAGAAUUAAACGACGCAAUUUUAAAUGAGGUACAAAAUAAUUUAAACGCUGCCGUUGAAAAUACUAUCGCUGGUAUUCGCUAUUUUCGAGUACAAUCGGAUGGACCAAGAAUCCAAGAAAUAAGCGAAAGAAAUCCUCUUGUUCCAAGGUAUUUUACUGAUUUUGGAGCGCCGAGAAAUUUAGUUGAACGAGAAGCAACAAUGUACUCGGAUGCAGGUCGAUAUUUAAUGGCUCACAAUGGUUGGGUCAUGAAUAGUGAUCCUUUAAAAAAUUUUGCUGAUUCCGAUUCGAAUGUUUAUAUCCGCAGGGAAUUAAUCGCCUGGGGAGAUAGUGUUAAGCUCAGAUAUGGAGAAAAACCAGAAGACUCUCCAUACUUGUGGAAACGAAUGUCGAAUUAUGUUCAACAAAUGGCUAAAAUUUUUGAUGGUGUACGAUUGGAUAAUUGUCACUCGACUCCAAUUCCAAUUGCAGAGUAUUUAUUGGACGAAGCGAGAAAAGUGAAACCCGAUUUGUAUGUUGUGGCAGAAUUAUUCACAAAUUCCGAUCAUAAGGACAAUAUUUUUGUGAAUCGUCUUGGAAUUACUUCACUUAUUAGAGAAGCGAUGUCUGCUUGGGAUAGUCAUGAAGAAGGUAGAUUAGUUUAUCGUUAUGGAGGUGAACCAGUUGGGGCAUUUUUGCAAUCGCGAAUUCGUCCCUUAGUGCCAAGCAUUGCUCAUGCACUUUUUUUAGAUUUAACUCACGAUAAUCCAAGUCCCGUUGAUAAACGUAGUGUAUUUGAUUUAAUGCCAAGCGCUGCUCUUGUUUCCAUGGCAUGCUGUGCCAGUGGAAGUAAUCGAGGAUACGAUGAACUUGUACCUCAUCAUAUACAUGUAGUUGAUGAAGAAAGACAGUACACUUCUUGGACUGAUAAUGAAUUAGAGGAGAAAAAUGAAUCCCACGUUGGAUUUAAUUCAGGAAUAAUUGCCGCUAAAAGAGCUCUCAAUAAUCUUCACAAUAAUUUAGGACGAGAUAAAUUCUCUCAAGUUUUUGUUGAUCAAAUGGAUACUGAUGUAGUUGCAGUGACUAGACACUCGCCGCAUACUCAUGAAAGUGUUGUUUUAGUUGCAUUCACCGCUUUCAAGCAUCCUGAUCCAAAUGCCAGUGAUCUUCGUCGUCACAUAAGAUCAUUGCGAGUUGAAGGUGUUGUUGAGGAAAUUAUUCUAGAGGCCUCUUUGGCUCACAAAGACGUCCAAAAUGGAGUUUCACCUUUCCGCUAUCCGGAGAAAUACGUUAAAGAUGAAAAGACAAUAAAUGGAAUCAAUGAAUAUUCAGUGAAAAUAAAGGAACACAUUCAAAUAUGCGAUUCUUCAAUAUUGGAAAAAGUUGAUUCUGGUGAUCCAAAAAUUACUCAAUUAAAUUUUAUUAAUUUCCAACCGGGAUCUGUUGUGGCAAUUCGUGUUUCACUUCAUGUGAAUAUAAAACCAGCUCUUGGAAAAUUACAAAAUACUAUUGCCACAUUGACAUCUUCGAAAGCUUCGGAAUUACAUGCAAUUGUAUCACGAAUAAAUCUCGCUGGAUUGAAUAAAAUUUUAUAUCGCUGCGAUCAAGAGGAACGAGACGAAUCGAAUAAUCGUUUUGGAGUUUACGAUAUUCCUCGUUAUGGACCUCUUGUCUAUGCCGGUCUUCAAGGUGUUAUUUCCCUUUUGGCUGAUAUUCGACCAAAUAAUGAUCUUGGACAUCCAUUAUGUGCAAAUCUAAGGGAUGGAAACUGGUUAAUUGAUUACAUGUCGGCUCGUCUAAAAGAAGACGAGAUGACAGCAUCCCUUGGAGAAUGGUUAGAACAAACUUUAGAGCCUUUGAAGACAAUUCCUCGUUACUUGGUUCCCAGUUAUUUUGACGUUAUUGUCGUUAAUGUUUACACUGCUUUACUUGAUCAAUGUUACGCUUCAUUCUCAAGCUUCGUGAAAGAUGGAUCAACAUUUAUAAAAUUAUUAUCACUAGUGUCUGUACAAGUUGGUGGUACAGUGAAAUCGGCGCAGCUUCCAGAAUUAUCUCCCAAUUUGGAGCCACCGAAACCAAUGAUUAAAGAAAUAAAUGACGAAAAGCAACAAAUUUGUUUGACAUUGUCAGCUGGUUUACCUCAUUUUGCCACUGGUUAUAUGCGUAAUUGGGGACGAGAUACAUUCAUUGCACUUCGUGGUCUUUUCUUAUUAACCGGUAGAUUCGAAGAAGCAAGAUUUAUUAUUCUUGGAUACGCUGAAACACUUAGACACGGUUUAAUUCCAAAUUUACUCGACAAGGGCAAAUGUGCCAGAUACAAUUGCCGUGAUGCAAUUUGGUGGUGGCUGUACACAAUUCAAUGUUACGUUCAAGAAGUACCAAAUGGUCUUAAAAUUCUUUCGGACAAAAUUUCAAGACUCUAUCCAACUGAUGAUUCACCUCCGUUGCCUGCAGGAGAAGUUGAUCAACCAUUAUAUGACGUGAUUCAAGAAGCGUUGACAAUUCAUUUCCAAGGUUUGUGCUUUAGAGAAAGAAAUGCAGGAAAACAAAUUGAUGAACACAUGUCAGAUCGUGGAUUUAAUAAUCAAAUUGGCGUUCAUCCUGACACUGGAUUUGUAUUUGGUGGCAAUGACGCGAAUUGUGGUACAUGGAUGGAUAAAAUGGGUUCAUCUGAGAAAGCGGGAAAUAAAGGAAAACCCGCAACGCCAAGAGAUGGAUCGGCUAUUGAAAUUGUUGGACUCAGUAAAAGUACAUUGAGCUUUUUAGCUGAAUUAUAUAAGCAAAAUCUCUUUCCCUAUGGUAGUGUGCAAAGGAAAAAUCGCGAUGGUUCUGUAAUUACAUGGAGCUAUAAACAAUGGGCUGAUAAAAUUGCCCUUAAUUUUGAAACAUAUUUUUACGUUCACGAAGAAGCAAAAGAUGGUGAAUUACGUCCGGAUUUAAUUCACAGACGUGGAAUUUUUAAAGAUAGUCACAAUGCCACACAACCGUGGGCUGAUUAUCAAUUGCGACCUAAUUUCCCCAUUGCUAUGGUUGCUGCUCCAGAUAUGUUUAAUCCAAAUCAUGCAUGGACUGCAUUGAAGAAAGCUGAAGAAAUUCUUCUUGGACCACUGGGAAUGAAAACUCUAGAUCCAGCCGAUUGGGGUUACAAUGGUUAUUACGAUAAUUCGAAUGAUUCUAACGAUCCAAAAUUAUCACACGGUUUUAAUUAUCAUCAGGGUCCAGAAUGGGUUUGGCCAAUUGGUUUCUUUCUUCGUGCUCGAUUACAUUUCGCUCCAUUAGUUGGCGGUAAAGAGGAAUUAAAACGAACUAUCGAAUCAACGGAGGCGAUAAUUUCUCGACAUCUCAUUGAAGCAUCCACUAAUCAUUGGAGAGGACUUCCUGAGCUUACAAAUAAGGACGGAGAUUAUUGUCGUGACAGUUGUCGUACACAAGCUUGGAGCGCUUCUACAAUUUUAGAAGUCUUACACGAUUUGCGUAAAUUAAAAAAAGAUUUUAAAAUUGACGAGGAAAUUGGAAAUUGAUAUAAUUUCGCGUGUGUUCACCACCGCUAUUUACACUUAGAAUAUAUGAAAUUAGAAAAUGAACAAAAAGUAGAAAAUUUUUUAAUGCAACGAGAGAGAUUAUAUACUGAAGAAAAAGCACAAAACACGGAGACACACGCAUCCUUCACUCUUUUAGAUUUAAAUGAUACACUCUCGCAAAGUUCAAUUACGAUCAAUAUUCUUCCGCUCGACGAUGAUGAAGAAGAAAAAGAAGAUGAAGAAGAAGAAAAAGAAAUUUCAAGUUCCGAAGAAUUAUCUUUCGCAAAUUCUAAAAUAAUUCACAAAGCGGCUCGAUUUAUUUACAGUUCAGAAUUCAAUGAUGAUUUAAAUAAUGAAGAAGAAGUUGCGUAUGUAAAUUCUGAAUUUCGUAAUAGUAUUGUCGAUGAUCGACAAUCAAUGGAUCGUGAAUUAAAUAUUGUUGAUUAUUACGAGAGAUAUAGUCCAAUGACAGCGAAAGCAUUGAUAAAUACACUUCUUCUUUCGCGAAAGGAUAUUUGUAAACAAUGUGCAAAAUUUGAAGACAGUGUUGUUUAUAGUGAUCGAUUGAUUUAUGAAAAAAAAAUUCUCACAGCCCGAGAAAUGAUUAUGAUACAAUUUGAAAAUAUGAUUAAUUUUACAUGUCUUCCAAUAACGAGUCUUCAGUCUCUCCAAUUUGGUGAUUAUAUGCCAGUUUUUAAUUUAUCCAAGACAAAUGCAUCGGGGAUAUUUUAUUUUUCAGCGCCAUUAGAUGUUUUUGAUUUAAAAUCAUCCCUGGAGCCUGAUAUUAUUUUGGAAAAUAGUGAAUUUAGUGGAAUAGUCAAUACUCAUAUUUAUCAUCGUCGUGAGAGAAAAUUUUGUAAUCGUCUCUCGAGAAUUGGAAAUUUUUCCAUGAAAUUGAAUUCGAAGGAUUUAAUAAGUUGGAUGAAUUUACCUGAGGUGAAAAUGAGAAAUUUAAAAAAGGAUCAUUUAAUUGAAGCGUCACAAUUAUUUCGAGAAUCUCAACCAAAUAGAACGAGUCUAUUGUUAUUGGAGCCAUUAAUUUUUAUGCCUAAUUUUCCUUCGAGUAAACGAAAUUUCUCGAAAAUUUCUAUUAGUGACGCUAAUAGUUUGACAUUAGUAAAAAUUGUUAUUUUCUA